AUGAAGUUUGAGCGCAACAAAAAUACUCGCUAUCUUUCAUAUCUGAUAGAACUCGAACCAACAAAUAUAUACGAACUUAAACCUACCACAUUACAAGAGUUGCGUACUCGUACUAACUACAAGAGAGCGCCAAAUGCCUUUGUCCUGUUCAGAAGUGAUUUUCAACGUUCACUCAAAUGUUCUGGUGGAAAAGCUUCAACUCUGGCUUGCGUACUUUGGGAAAUGGCCGAUGCGGUUCUUAGAGAGCACUACACGGAUAUAUAUAAGAAGCUUGCAGACGAAACGCCUCCUAAAUGGGAAUUCAAACUGUUUAUUCCGCCGCGAGAGCGUCAAAAAAAAUUGAAGGGCUCUUCUUCUCCUGCAAGCGCCAAAAUACUUCCUUCGGUACAACAUUUAAGCAAGAAAGAUACCACCGACCCUUGUCCUUCCACUCCACUAAAUUCAAACAGUAUUUGUUGCGAGGGUACUAGCAACAUUCACACCGAAAUACUUCCUUCAGCACAGAAAUAUAUCAUCGAUUUUUGUCCUUUCACUCCACCAGAUGAUAGAAGCAAUUACGAAGUUACUAGUUCAGAUCCAAUGGUUGAGUAUGGAAACGAGGGUUAUCCAUCUGAAUAUUAUAUGUCAAAUUGUCUUGAUGAAAAUGCUCCUAAUACUAACUUUUGA